AUAAGAUGUACUAAUUACACUGUAUAACAUGGGACAGAGUGAUGUUUUCAACAACAGGAUAUCAUCUCCAUCAUGGAAAACUGUCUGAAUAGAGACAAUCUGAGACACAGACAAAAAAGACUGAGCAUCAAGGAGUAAGACAACCACAGUGUCCAGCAGGAUGGCGACCUCUUCAAGUUCUGUGUAUUCUGAGUGUAAACCUGGAGACACAUUGUGUGAGAUCCGUGUGUAUGAACAGGAAGUGAUAAUCGUACCGGUGUUGUUUUUGAUGAGUUUCUUGGUCACGCUGGUGUUUCUCUUGCUGCUGAAGUUCUGUCCUGAGAAGGUGGAUCGCCUGCAACCCAGGUCCAGUCGAGCAACCAGGAAUAGGAGAACCUUGCAAGGCAUUGAUGCUCCUCUGGGUCUGAAUGUUCUUGAAGGUGAGCCCAUAGCAAUGGACACUACAUCUUACAGCACAUUCAACCCAGUUCGAGACCCCUAUAGACAUGAACAUGCCUCAUUCAACGCCAACAAUGUGGCCUUUACUGAUGGCGGAGGCUCUUUUGGCGCCGCAGCUUCAGCCUUCACAAAGCCCAGGGAACUUCCACGACAGCAACUGCCAGAGAAAUUCAAAGGGGUGGCUCCUCUCCCAGCAUCAUACUCACUGAAGUCAGACAGCUCUGUCUCGCUCUACAGGGCUCGUAUGGAAAACAGAAAUGUGGUGCUGCGUGUCCUUAAAGAUUCAGCCAGUAGCCAGGAAAGUCAGUCAUUCUUGGGCUUUGCAUCCUUCCUUUCCCAGUUAGGGCUCCAUCCCUUCUUACCGGAGCUUCUGGGAGUUAUAUCCCUGCGAGCUCCUCUCAUCACUGUUAUUGAAGAGAUGGAGAACAGAGAUCUGCUCGGAUUCCUGUGGAGGUGUAGACAGGAUAACGCUGGACCAGACGGCAUGUAUCAGAUGACAGAGAAAAAGAUUUUCACCAUGGCUUCACAUGUGUCCUCUGCACUGGACUUUCUCCAUAGCAAAGACCUUCUCCACUGCAACAUCAAGGCUCGCAGCGUAUUGGUCAGCAGGAUUUGUACCGCGAAACUCUGGGGGUUGGGUGAUUUGUAUAAGAGGUCUUCAGCAAGUGCUGAUCACAGUGAAGUUCCUGAGAGAAAAAAGUGGCAGGCUCCUGAGCUAUUGGCCAAGAGACCUGCCACUCCAAAAAGUGAUGUUUGGUCAUUUGGGCUGCUACUGUAUGAAAUGGUGACUCUUGGUGAGGUCCCCUUUGCUGAAAUACCUGCAAAGGAACUUCUACAGUAUCAUCAGCGAGGGAAAACCCUAAAGAAACCAAACAACUGCUCCAACUCACUUUACUCACUUAUCAAAGCUUGCUGUCAGUGGAAGGAGCACGACCGCCCCUCAUUGGCUGAGGUCAGGCGCAAACUCCAAUCAGGAGAGAAGAGUGCCAACGACAGCAGCGUCAUCCGGGUGCCUGAGCCAAUCAAUACUGAACAAUAUCUGAAGGAAGCGGGAUAUGGAGAAUCCAACAACUACACCAUUUUCUAAACUCCACGUAAAAAGAUCACAUCUAUAUGAAUAUAUUAUUUUGUGUUUGUGGUGUAAACUGUGCAUCUCCAGUGCUUCCUGCUGAGAGAUGUGAAUGUUGACCAGCCAUACUGACAUUAAAGAAUUUGAAUGUAUGAAAUGUUAAUUUUAGAGAAUGUUUACAGAUAUUAUCCUUUCUUUAAAACGCAUUGAACAAAUUGCAGUGUUGGCAAAUUCUGGGAUUUUAUUUAUGUUGGUCAAAUGGCACUUUUGUUGUACAGUUAGAUAUUUGAACCUGAUGCUUGAAUGUAAUGUAACACUGAGAAGGUCAAACUUACUUGACUGAUCUGAUCAAGCAAAAUUCAAAUCAUCUUUUCAGGACAGACAAAUUAGCAGUAGAAGAGGGUUGUGACUAGAAAGGAUACAGCAAAAACUGGAAACUAACAAUAAACUGAAUUUUCUACUUAUUAGAUUGUGUUGUAUUAAUAUCUACACCUACCACCCUAAACAUAACUCUUACAAUAAUUCUAAAUAUAGUAAUUAUUGUUGUACAGUGUGAGAAAAAAUAUGCUAUACUGAUGUGCACAUGCCCAGUAGUUUUUGCUGUGUAUGCCAUCUAGCCUUAACCGUAAGAGAACCAGGUUAAUGAAGCAGUCUUGUUUAAAGACACGAUUUCCAGCUGACUCAAAGUCUGUUAAAACUUCUUUGGAUGAUUUUAGCUAGGCUUGUUUAGAUGUAACAUGUGCAUCUUGAUUUAAUCUGUAUUGUAUUCCUCUUCAGUCACUGAAUCUUCCCCAGUUCUUUCAACACA